GAUCACUGAAUCUUCUUCUUCCUUCUCUCAAGAACAGAUUUUUUUCAACGAGGUUGAUCGAUAAAUUCUCAAACUUUAUUCUUCUUCAAGAUCUAUGGCGGAAGAACAUCGAUGUCAGACACCAGAAAGCAACCGUCUCUGUGUUAACAACUGUGGUUUCCUCGGCAGCUCCGCCACCAUGAAUCUCUGUUCUAAUUGCUACGGUGAUCUCUGUCUCAAACAACAACAACAAUCCUCCAUCAAAUCCACCGUCGAAUCUUCUCUCUCUGUAUCUCCUCCGUCGUCAUCAUCGGAGAUCGCUUCCAUCUCUUCUCCGAUCAUCCCUCCUCUCGUUAAAACUCCCUCCGUCAAGCUAGAUGUACCGGAGAAAAAGCCGGUGAAUUCGCCGCCGGAGCAGAACCAGCAACAGAGGCCGAAUCGGUGCACGACGUGUAGGAAACGGGUCGGGUUAACCGGAUUCAAGUGCCGGUGUGGUACGAUGUUUUGUGGGGUCCAUAGGUACCCGGAGAUCCAUGGAUGCAGCUACGAUUUCAAAUCGGCCGGUCGUGAAGAGAUCGCGAAAGCGAAUCCGUUGGUGAAAGCAGCGAAGCUUCAGAAGAUUUGAUCAGAGCCGUUCGAUGCGUUGAC